AUGGGGGUCGACCCAUUGUCCCCAAUUGCGCCUGUGCGGCUGAGAGCGCUACUACUCCCAAUCGGCAAAAUCAAGCGAUCUCGAUUUCUGAGCUUCGCAGCCAGACUCCAAGCUGAGAAUGUCGUUCGGCUAGGGGACAUUAGUCCCGAUGCUCGACCAAACCGAAACAUGUUUUCGCCGCUUGCAUUUCCAACAGGAAUGAUACUUUACGAUUUGUCCUUCUCCGUUCCUCCUACGUCGCACCUCGAACUAUUCCCAUUCGAGAUAUACAGGGAGCCUCUCGUGAUUAUCGCAAUCGCGGACGGUACCGAGCUUUCUCCAAGUUCCGGUGCGAACAAGCAAUAUCCAACUCCAGAAGGACUCGAUCAGCUAUUGGAAGAGCUCGGCACAGUGAGGGAGAGGAGUCCGCGAGCAUUGGUGAACCAGCUUCUGGUGUUUGAUUAUGAUGGAUUGGAGAAACUCACUAAUGGUCCGGACAAUGUGCUCUGGGUUCCUCGUCCCGAGGCCUCAAAAGCAACCACAAUGAAAACGGUCCUGUGUGACAUCACGUCAGUCUUGCUAUCGGAACUGGACGAGUUCGCAAAAACGAUUCAAGCUAUUCCAACUAUUGAGUCACCAAAAACAUCCUCAUGGGGUCCAUCUCGAAAUCCGGAACUUCGACCUCGGCCGGUCGAUCGUUUGUUACAUCGGAUGACACUUCCUUCCCAGAUAUCCGCAAAUCCCAAUGGUAUACCUGACACGCCGUCGGACCCCGGUGCUCAAACUCCGAAUUCUGAAACUGCCACAACUUUCGAUGAGAUCACUCGCUCGAUCCAUCUCACGCGUGCCCGUUCCGGUAGCAAGAGUCCGUCAGUGGCAUCAGCUAAGGAGCAUAGCCGCGAGCGAAUGUCAAUUAGCGGCGUGAGCGCAACCGACAGAACGAAAAACCGUAUCAAAGGAAGAGCUGGUGUCGUCAUUGGAACUCUUUUCCUGCAGGCGGGAAGAUGGCAUGAUGCGCUAAAGGAGCUAAUCGAAGCAGUAAGCAAUGCUCGCGCGGGGAGCGAUUAUAUCUGGCAUGGUAAAGCAUUGGAGUCAAUCCUGCUGUGUCUUCUAAUGCUUGGGUGGGCUGGUAUGGAUUUUACAAUUCCUUCGGUCCUUUAUCCCACAGCCGAUAAGUCUUCCAAGUCGCACAGGGAUUCGACAGCUAGUCUUACCGCUGGUAACCGGAUCAUCUCUCUUCAAAAUCUCGCAAACCUGUUACCUGACCUUUCAAACAAUAUCUUGCACCUAUACACCCGGGCCGCCAACAUCACCGAUGAGCCUCUACCGCAAUUGGUGUUCUCUGAAACCGUCAUUCGAUUAUCAAGGCUCAUGGUAUCAGCCCGUGUUCGGGAUGGCUCCUUGGACGAUAAUGCACUGAAACAUAUUGUCAUGAACGAACCUCUCAUUCCCUUACUCAAACCAGAGCUCCCACGUGGAACAGUACUGCUUCGCAAGUCAGAGAUUGCAAAUUUCCUGUAUCGCGCUUUGCCACUCGCUCCGGGUGCUGACCUGCCUGCCACCGAUGCAGUGCCCAUUGUUGUGGGUGUAAUAUCUGUUCUAAAUACGCUUGAUCUGCCUCGGAAGAAAGCUUUCAUAAUGCGUGAGCUUCUUACUGUUAUGGUACCAAGUCUGGUCCAGGCACGGAAGAUUGGUGCUGCAGAGGUAGGAAUUCACCCUGCUGCUGGAUUGGCAUCUCUAAGCGAUACUGCUUUUGAUGUGAAUGCCCUCGAUAUUGGCCCAGGCAAUAUGGAAAAGAGCGUCCGUCUCCUUCUUGCUACCAUUGGUGAAAUAUAUGGCGUCCAGCCCUCUGCAUUCUACGAGUGGGAGAAGCGACAGAGCCGGUCAUCUGCACACGGAGGCUCAGAUGAGUGUCCAGAUUACGAAUCAGUUACUGGCAUUGCGGAGCGAUCAUUCCGACAUGUUGUUUUGGACAGAUACGGUGAUCUCAAUCUCAAGAUCGACGUUCUGAAAGCGUGCAUCAACUGCUGUGAAGCCCUGCCUGAUUUUGAAGGUGUCCUUCGUUUCACAGUUGAACUUUUACAAACUAUCCGAGGCGACUUGAUGCUGGGAGAAUCCAACCAGUUGCCGCCGUAUCUUCCGCGAGAUGAGCAAGUUCGUCUCUUGAAUAACAUUAAGCGUACAGUUGGCGCCGCAAACAGACUAGGUGUAUCCGACAUGACAGCUGAGUACUGGGAUGACUUCCUCAUACGUGAUGUCCAGCUUUUAGCCCUGCCUGAUCCUAGAAGACCUGUUCGACGACUUAAGUCAGAGCUGCAAGCUGUUACCACUCCGUCGGACAAAUCCAAAAAGGAUCCAUUCUUAUACAACCCCUUCGCGAAGCCUAGUAGCAAGGCCCUAGAGGUGCUUACUGUGACUGAUGAAGCUGCCUCAUUUCGAGUCACACUUCAAAAUCCUUACGAGUUCGAGGUCGAGAUUGAACACUUGCAGCUUGAAAGUAAGGGUGUGUCGUUUGAAGGCGUAGCGGAAAAUAUCAUCCUUCCCCCAUUUUCGCUUCAGGACAUUGUUGUCCUUGGCACUGCUCGCGAGGAAGGCAGUCUUACCAUCACUGGAUGUAUUGUUAAAGUACGACAUUGUCGCAUGCGAAGAUUUCCUAUAUUCAAGACUUUUUGGAAACCUGAACCUGAGGUUAAGUUCAAACGAACAGGGUUGGCCUCGAAGAAGCCCCUUUCAGAGCGACCGGUCUCAUGGUCUUCGGAAACUUCCAAGGAUGGGAAAACUUCAGUCAAGAAGGGCCCCGAGACGGAGACAUGCCAGGUGAAGGUUAUUGGUAAGCAACCGUCACUUUUGAUCGAGUCGAUGUCACUUUCACAGUCAGCGAUGAUGGUACUGGAAGGAGAGAUCAAAUCGUUCACCAUAACGCUCCAAAAUACUUCUGCUUGCCCCGUGGACUUUGUUCUAUUCACAUUCCAAGACUCAACGACAAGGCAGCUUCAGUCAGCUCUUAGAAACAAAGAUCUUUUGCCGGUAGAGAUUUACGAGCUUGAACUGAAGCUCACAACUCAACCGGCCCUAUGCUGGCGUCGCGACGGCCCUGAUGCGGAGGACUCCUCGAUUCCUGCAGGUCAGAAGGCCACUUUCACAAUUGAUGUGCUAGGCAAGCCUGGUUUACAAGAUACCACCGUUCAAAUAGACUACUCUUGUCUUGGAACCAAACAGGGCGAACUGCCUGAUAUCUUCUACACCCGGCAGCUGUUUGUACCCUUGACUGUCACAGUGAAUGCAAGCGUGGAAGUUGCCCGCUGUGAUAUUUUGCCAUUCAGUGGUGAUUUUGCCUGGCGAAACCAUAUUGAGUCACCCUCGGACGCUGUCCAAAAGUCAGACCUGCCAUUGGCAGCCACAGAUCAUGAUCCUUUUUCGCAAGUUCUCACCCGCCUUGGAAAUGGAUCUUAUGGCCCAGACCACUGCGUUGUCUUACUCGACCUGCGAAACGCAUGGCCAAGCCCUGUAUCUGUGUGGUUGCGAGUGGGUGAGCAUUCUGCUUUGUCAAAGGAUGAGCAUAAUGGCCAAUACUCCGUCGAUGGACAUCUGCAGCCUGGUCAAGUCUCUCGAUUUGUCCUUGUCCUUCCCCGGGUCUACCUCGACAACCCUCAUGCAUCUAUCCCCGUCGUCAACACAGGUACUCGACGUCAAUUCGUCGUUAGCGCCAAUAAACUCUCCUUUGAAGCGGAGGCAGCUUCUCGGGAAGCGUUCUGGUUCCGAGAGGAGCUCCUAAAAAGAAUGCUAGGAGGCUGGAAAGAAGAAUCUACCGGCCGUGAAGGUACAAUUGACCUCCGAAAUCUUCGUCUUAAUGCUCGCAUGGUUGAAUCCAUUCGCCUUGAGGACGUCGAAAUUACAUUCUCCCUUUCUUCGCCAUCCACCGAUUCCUCCGCAGUUACUCAAACUGGCCGCUCCCGCUUCCAAGCAAAGGCUGACGACCUUCUCACACUGUCUGUGACGAUCCGCAACCGCUCUUCACGUCCUAUCCACCCACUCCUCCGUCUACAGCCUAGCUUGCGACACCAGCCGAAUAAUAUUGCGUUGGAUCUCACGCGUCGUCUCGCAUGGACUGGUAUGCUUCAACAAGCACUUCCCAUUCUACCUAGUGGCGGAUCCACACAGGCUUCUAUUGGCCUAACGGUCCUCUGUCGUGGAGAAUAUGAGGUCGGUGCUAGUGUUGAGGAAGCACGUAUUUUGCGGUCAUUUGAUUCCCAUGAAAAGGGAGAAAAUGAUGCUCCUCAUGAUGAUUUUAUUCAAGAUACCUUUGGUGCUGAUGUGGUUGGAAGACGCCGUAUCUGGCAUGCGAAGGAGACCUGUGUCAUUCAUGCUAAUGGAUUGAUUUGA